GCCAUGCCGAGCCCCGGGAGGGCCCGCGACAGUGGCGCGGGGGCGGCGGGGUCGGGGAGCCCCGCGCACGUGCCCAGCCCGCUUGGCGGCCGGGGCCCCGGGCCUGCGGAGGGCAGCCCCGUGCACCGGCGGGCCCCCCCGCCCCCGCCCGAGGAGGAGGAGGAGGAGCAGCGCCUGAAGCUCAACCCUUCCUUCCUGGCCAUCGCCCUCCGGUCCCUGCUGGCCAUCGACCUGUGGCUGAGCAAGCGGCUGGGGGUGUGCGCCGGCGAGCACUCGGCCUGGGGCAGCGCCAGGCCUCUGAUGAAGCUGCUGGAGAUCUCGGGCCACGGCAUCCCCUGGUUGGCGGGCACCGUCUACUGCCUCGCCCGGAGCGACAGCUGGGCCGGCCGGGAGGUGCUGCUCAACUUGCUCUUCGCCCUGCUGUUGGACCUUCUCCUGGUGGCGCUCCUCAAGGCCCUGGUCCGGAGGCGGCGGCCGGCCCACAAUCGCAUGGACAUGUUCGUCACCCUGUCGGUCGACAAGUACUCCUUCCCUUCGGGCCACGCCACCCGGGCGGUCCUCAUCUGUCGGUUCACCCUGCACCACCUGGUGCUGGCCAUCCCGCUGCGGGUGUUGGUGGUGCUGUGGGCCUUCGGCCUGGGCCUCUCCAGAGUCAUGCUGGGCAGGCACAAUGUCACCGACGUGGCCUUCGGCUUCUUCUUCGGCUACGUCCAGUACAGUAUAGUGGACUACUGCUGGCUGUCUCCCCUCAACGCCCCGCUCCUGUUUGCCCUGUGGAGUCACUAGUGGCAUGUGUCGAGCAGAUGGGAGGUCGAGGGGAACGGGUAUCUAGGGCUCGCUCUCAACCGGCGAGGUUCCAACACGAACCGAACGGUACCGCAGGGGGUCGGAAGGGACAGGUUCGUUGUUUUGGAUAGGCCCCGUCUGCCGAGGGACGGCAGAGAAAUCAGAUAUUUCUCCCUUUGAUUGCUUCCCAUUUGCACCGGUUCUGCAGAUCAACCUAUCUGAUGCAGAUGGUAUUUAAAAAAAAAAAAAAUCCUACCUGGAAAUGUCAUCGCCUUCCUGUAACGAGCCACACGCUAGCUCCGGGGACCGAUUUUUGAGCACUAAGAAUCCUAGGUGGUCACCUGGGUUGUUUUCCAAAAUUAGGGUGCCAGUGUAAUGUAUUGGGUUUCUCUGGUUUUCUUCGAACCCUUGCCAUUUCCUGCCGCUCUGAGGGAGAAAUGGCCCAUUACCACCCCCAGAAGACCUCUAGAUAGAAAUAUAAAUUGCUCUUUCAUUCCUCUUCAAUCCUUUCCGUUAAUAAGUACAUCGGCGAAGCUCAUUUGGGGGAAAGAAAAGUAAAUUAGGCGGCCACCCAAGGCCCCUUGGUCCCCUCUAAAAGGGGAAUGAGAACUUUAGAAGAUCGAUCAUGUAUUCCAUGGAAAUACCACCACAGGAGAGUUCCACUGUGUCUAUUGUUUCUACUGGGAAAAUAAAAUGUUUGUGGAGAAGGGGAGAAGGGAACCUUUCGUGGAAUCACGGCUAACUACUGUGUUCUUUCUUGAAUGCAGGAAGUUCUCAAAUGCUCUAAUUAAAAAAUAUUCCUAUAACACGUUUGGUGAUUGUAGGAGUUAAAUUCAAACUGUUUUGCCUAGGUGCCCAUACGCAACUGGUGUUGGAGUAGAAAAUGCUAGGAAUAACUCCUACAUUUCUAUGCAUUAAUUGCGAUUUAAAGCUGUUCAUUCAGUGUGCCUCCUGAAACGACAUUAUUAAAGAUUACAUAUUUCUAGGUAGAUGACCGGGUCCCUUGAAGCCAGGAAACACCAAAAAAGGUGCUUUAAAAUGCUCCAUCAGCGCUAAAGGGGAAUCCUCAGGUAAACCAGGACUCUGUAAUGUUCUAGAUAAUCAGUAGUAUUUAUUGAGCACUUACUGUGUGCAAAGCACUGUGCUAAGUACUUGGGAGAGUACCACACUCUACAAAUUCUCUAUCUAUGUGGAAAUAGAAUUUGCUCUGAGGUAGGCUACUGUCAUUUUUAGCUCGAUGGAAAGUGAAUUUCCUGAGGGUGGGGAGUAUGUGUAAUGGGGGAAUGAAGUAAAAUACAAUAAAAUUUCCAUUUCCACUCCUCA